ACGCCGCAGUGACGCCAUCGGUUGCUAUGGUCGCAGAUUAUGUUGCACAUCACAUCCGGGGUGCUCGCGUUUGAGUCUAACACGUCUUUAACACACUCCUGACAGGAGCGCAGUGGUGUGUGUCUGUCUGGUGUGUGUGUGGGGAUGUGAGCGCGAUGGCCGAGGACAGUGAGUGGGUGCCGGAGAGCGUCGCGGGGUUCCUGGGCAGCCCAGACUGGCUCAUCCCGCUAGCGGACUUCAUGGAGAACCACUGCUCAGUGUUCGACGAUGAGGACGAGAAUAAGCUGAGCUACACAGAGGUCCAUCAGCAGUACAAGCAUCUGGUGGAGCGGCUGCUGGAGAACUACAUGCAGGAGGUGGGCAUCAGUGAGCAGCAGUUCCUGUGCGCGUGCUCGUCCUUCACCGGCUCGAAAGAUCUACAGGCAGUCUUCCAGCCAGUUCUUGCUACAGAUGAUUUCCAGAUGUUUCGCUCUCUGAUGGUCCAGAAGAACAUGGAGCUUCAGCUGCAGGCUCUGCAUGUCAUCAAAGAGAGAAACGGCGGGCUGCCCGAGUGUCUGACCGACGGCGUGGACGUCAUGAGUGAACUGGAGCAGCAGGAGAUGAAGAUUCUUCAGGAGGUUCUCCAGAGGUCGAAGCAGGAGUAUGAUCUGGAGAUGAUGGCUCUCGGGAGGCAGGAGAGAGAGGAUCAGGCCUCCACAUCCAGCAGUCUAUCAGACGCUCCUCUGGGAAACUCCUGUGAGACUCACACCGCCGGGGAUUCUGGGAUACGGCAGACCAACACAACCAACGGCAGCGAGACUGAAGCUCCAGAGCUGAAGAUAAAGCAGUCUGAGUCUGCAGCCGGCAAGGGUUCAGCGUCAUGUGAGUGUAAAGGUGAAGCUCUUCCCGCUGUGAGGACACCAGUCAAGGGUUCAGCGUCUGCCAAACACACGAGUCCAGAGAGACUGAGAGACGACGACACACAGAGAGACUGCAGACCACUCGCGGAUGAGGAGGCGUUACAGCAGCGCUCGGAGUAUCUGAAGCAGCAGAGAGACAGACUCCAGGCCCGGAAGAGAGAUCAGACCCUGAAGAGUCCCACUGACGCUCCUCCUGUGACCCCGGAGCCCAAAGCCUCCGCACAGGAAAUCUCUGUUGAGGAGAAGAAGAGAUUGCAGAAGAGAAAACACCUGGCAGAGAAACUCAAAGAGGAAGUCAUCAAGAAAUAAAGCUCUAAACGCGGAUCACUUUUGUAUAUGCUUUCAUUUAUAUUUUUGUAUGUACCUGUAUCACGUUAGAUGUGAUCUCACAUUACUUCACAUGAACCUGUGGAUGGUCAUUCAGACGCGUGACGUCUCGCUGUUUGCUCGAAUCUCCUGGCAUGAUCAGCUUAGUAAUGUCUGUUUCUGCAACAUGUUUAAAUCUUUACUUACUAAAAUAUUGUUAUGCAUUAUGGGAAUACUCACUAUUACGCAUAUGCUCAUAUUUCAUUGUUAUUUCGCAAUCUGUGGACAGAUGAUUUAUGAAAUGACCCAAUAAAGUAUCAUUUUUAGAAAGAAA